CGUCCGCACGCUAGCUGAAAUAAAGCAAAAUGCCCGACUUUUGGGGGCGGGGCUCCUGGCAACAGCAUCUAGGCGCAGGCGCAGAGGCGACCUCCAGGCAGGGCCAGGUGGGAGGGACGGUGGGGGGGUAGGGUCGCGCAGAGCCCUCUGCGCCUGCGCCCCGGCACGAGGUGGGGCGGCGGGCGUCAGUACAGUAGAGUGUGCGCCGGGUUGGGGGGCAACGGUCAACCGUCACCCUGAGACGGGCGGCGGCGGGAUGGCGACAGCCUCCGGGGCUUCGGAUUUGUCUGGCUCCGGAGCGCCCCCGCCCGGCGUGGGAGCUCAGGCGGCGGCGGCUGCUGAGGAGGAGGAGCGAGAGGUGGUGCGGGUCCGAGUCAAGAAAUGUGAGAGCUUCUUACCGCCAGAGUUCCGCUCUUUUGCUGUAGAUCCCCAGAUCACCUCGCUCGACGUGUUGCAGCACAUCCUCAUCCGAGCCUUUGAUUUGAGUGGGAAGAAGAACUUUGGCAUCAGCUACCUGGGCCGGGACCGGCUAGGACAGGAAGUUUACCUCUCACUCCUAUCUGACUGGGACCUCAGCACAGCCUUUGCCACUGCCUCCAAACCUUACCUGCAAUUGCGUGUAGAUAUUCGGCCCUCGGAGGACAGCCCAUUGCUGGAAGACUGGGACAUUAUCAGCCCCAAAGAUGUCAUUGGCUCCGACGUGUUGCUGGCUGAGAAACGGUCAUCACUGACGACUGCUGCCCUGCCCUUUACACAGUCCAUCCUCACUCAGGUGGGCCGUACCUUGUCUAAGGUCCAACAAGUGCUGAGCUGGUCGUAUGGGGAAGAUGUCAAGCCCUUCAAGCCACCCCUGAGCGAUGCUGAGUUUCACACGUACCUGAACCACGAGGGCCAACUCUCCCGACCCGAGGAAUUGCGCCUGCGGAUCUAUCAUGGCGGUGUGGAGCCCUCGCUGCGAAAGGUGGUGUGGCGGUACCUGCUGAACGUGUAUCCAGAUGGACUGACAGGCCGAGAGCGGAUGGACUACAUGAAACGCAAGAGCCGCGAGUAUGAGCAGCUCAAGAGCGAGUGGGCCCAGCGAGCGAGCCCUGAGGACCUGGAGUUCAUCCGCAGCACAGUCCUCAAGGAUGUACUGCGCACUGACCGGGCCCACCCCUACUAUGCGGGGCCUGAGGAUGGCCCACAUCUACGGGCACUGCACGACCUGCUCACCACUUAUGCCGUUACCCACCCACAGGUGUCCUACUGCCAGGGCAUGAGUGACCUUGCCUCACCCAUCCUUGCCGUCAUGGACCAUGAGGGCCAUGCCUUUGUUUGCUUUUGUGGCAUCAUGAAGCGCCUGGCCGCCAACUUCCACCCUGACGGCCGCGCCAUGGCCACCAAGUUUGCACACUUGAAGCUGUUGCUGCGACACGCUGACCCUGACUUUUACCAAUACCUGCAAGAGGCAGGUGCUGAUGACCUCUUCUUCUGUUACCGCUGGCUGCUGCUGGAGCUCAAGCGUGAGUUUGCCUUUGAUGACGCCCUCCGCAUGCUUGAGGUCACCUGGAGUUCGCUGCCCCCUGAUCCUCCUGAACAUGAGGUAGAGCUGGUUGGACCCCCCAGCCAAGUGGCAGACACUGGUUUUGGUGGCCACAGGGGGUGGCCCGUGCGACAGAGGCACAUGCUGAGGCCUGCUGGUGGAGGAGGUAGUACCUUUGAAGAUGCUGUUGACCACCUGGCCACAGCCAGUCAGGGGCCUGGUGGUGGGGGGCGUCUCCUGAGACAGGCCAGCUUGGAUGGCCUCCAGCAACUCAGGGAUAACAUGGGCUCCAGGAGGGACCCUCUGGUCCAGCUGCCCCACCCAGCUGCCCUUAUCAGCUCCAAGUCCCUCUCCGAGCCUUUAUUGAACUCCCCAGACCCACUGCUCUCCUCCUUUUCCCACCCUGAUUCCCCAUCUUCCUCAUCUCCACCAUCCACCCAGGAGCCCUCUCCCACUGGUGAUAUGGCUGUAGGAUCCCCCUUGAUGCGAGAGGUAGGCUCCCCGAAAGACCCUGGAAAGUCCCUGCCACCUGUACCACCAAUGGGCCUGCCCCCACCCCAGGAGUUUGGCCGGGGGAACCCAUUCAUGCUGUUCCUCUGCCUGGCCAUCCUGCUGGAGCACCGCGACCACAUCAUGCGCAAUGGGCUGGAUUAUAACGAGUUGGCCAUGCACUUUGACCGCCUUGUGCGAAAACACCACCUGGGGCGCGUCCUGCGCCGGGCCAGGGCUCUCUUUGCUGAUUACCUGCAGUCAGAGGUGUGGGACUCGGAGGAGGGGGCUGAGGCCACAGCUGCAUCUUGAUCAGGCUUUCUCUAGCCCUCCAUUGGCUCUACCAGAUCUCCAUUCUUUGCCACGAGGGCCAACACAUGAGACCCCACCUCCCUCCCUGCCUGCCAGCCCUAGACCUGUUGGAGCAUAGAUCCCUUCCUCCCCAGGUCUAAGUAUGUGGAGCUCUGCUUAGGCACUGCCCCACAGAGGCCACGCCUCUUUAUUCUGUUUCUGUUGUUUUGUUUUUAACAACUAUACUUUGCACACAUGAA